AUGGAAGACACAGAAGUCAUUGACGAUGCGGACCUUUGCUCCUCGGGUUCGGAGGCUGUUGUCGUGGAGGCGGCACCUCGAGAGCAUGCCAAAGAGCAUGCGAGAGCGAGCAAGACUGCUGAUAGCUCCAGGCAAAAGCGGGAUGCGCCGCGAGACAAGUCUCGGCAAAAGCGGGUGCAGGCUCAGCUGGAGGCGAAGCUGCAGGCGAUGCCCCUUCCCCCAGGCUGGAUUCGCGUGGCUUCUAAGUCCAAGCCCGGGGCCUUCUACUACGCUCACCCGGCCAGCAAGCGCACUCAGGCGCACCCGCCCGCCACCAUGUACGAGGGCCUUCCGAAUCCAGAACCGUCCCAAGUGAUGCCGAAAAGGGACAUCGUGCAGGACGCAGCGGAUGCAGCUCGCAAGGCGGAAGCGAAAAAGAAGGAGCAGGAAGCCGAGGAGGAGAAGGCGCGCAUCGCAGCGAAGCAAGAGGCGGCGCGCAUGCGGCGCAAACGUGAUGAGGCGCUGCGCAAAGCGGAUGAGGAAGCAAAGCAGGAGGCUGCAGGAGCAGAAGAGGUCAUCCGAAAGGCACGUGAGAAGCGAGCCUUAGCGCCGAAGGAGACCUUUGAGGAGGUCUCCGAGCGAAGAGAGAAACGGAAAGCCACAGGUGGCAUCCAUUUCGACACCACGAAGCCGGCGGAGGCGGAAGAGCAGCAGACAGGGAGCGACUCCGAGGAGCUCGACCUCUAUCGGUUGCGUGACAAGUUUCGUGCCAGCGUGGCGGCGGCUUCGGCGCCGGUCUUCGACGACUCGGAGGUGGCCGAAGCUCCGCCUCCGCCGCCGCCGCCGCUGCCCCCGCCCCUUCCACCGCCAAAGCCCUUGGAGAAGAGCAAGAAGGAGAAGAAGCAGGAGAAGAAGGCCAUGCAGAAAGCCUUGCUGAAAUCGAUGAGCAAGGAGGAGAGGAAGCAAUUCAAGAAGCUGAAAAAGAUGCAAAAGCUCCAGGCGAAGGUUGCCAAAGCUGAGAAGGCACUCAAGAAGUCGGAGAAGCUCCUGAGGAGAUCCAAGCAUGGUGGCAGCCCUUCUAGCUCAUCCUCUUCAUCCAGCUCUUCUUCGAGCUAG